UACACACAUCUCACAAACAAUAGCACGACACAUUCAUGAGCGUACCUCGAACAAAACGGAGUUAAGCGACAUUAUAACAAACGGAAAUGGUUAUUUUUCCGGACCAAUUAAUUCCGGACCCAGUUCUGCGCCGGUAAACCAGGCUUUAUCAUUAUAUGUCGGGUAAUGUAUUAACUGAGCGUGUUAUUUAUCGUGAAGGCAAUUCCUCGCCUAUUGAGAAUCGAUCACCUAUAUACAGAGACGAGCGUAUAUAUCUAUAUAUACAUAUAUAAAGACUUCUGCGGGUGGUGUUUUUCUUAAUCUUGUCCAGGUAAACAACGCCAUACCCUUACCUGUCCCUCUUACUCAUAAACACGACGGAAUGCAUUAAAUAAGCGUUGUUGCAGAUAUGUUGGCAAUGCUGUUGUUGCAACACUAUCCUUACUGUACCGCCUCUUGAGAUUACAAGCCUGCAGACAAUGAAAUGUUCUCGGAGUUCUGUUUAUAUUGCUGCAUGAGCACAGUCUACUUAAUUGUGAAAUGCUACCUGAACGAUCUUCGAUAUUUGGAAAACUGAAGACAUUGUGUCAUAUUUUGAAUUAAUACUAUCAUCAUGGAUUGUAUGGGGCACAAGUCGACUAAGUGUAAAAAGCUAAUCCGGCUCAGUCCAAAGUCCAAGAAAAAACGUGUGAAAGAAUCCAACGGCAUGGAUGGUUGUCAUAGUGCGGACCACAUUGACAAGAAGGGAAGUUACAGCCGUAAUAAACUUCCGAACGGCUUCACAGACAAAGAAAGUGAAGAACUUAAACAAGCGUUCAACCUUUUUGACAAAAACAAUGACGGGAAAAUAUCGAGUGAGGAACUCGGUUGUGUGAUGAGGAUGCUCCGGCAUAAUUAUACUCAGGAGGAUAUAGACGAUAUGAUAAAAAAUGCUGAUACCAAUGAAAAUGGCUUUGUAGAAUUCGAUGAAUUUGUAGUGUUGAUGCGACGAUGGCAUCAAAACACGGAAGUAGAUGGCGCUGCAGCAUCUUCUUCCGUUUCUUCCAUUAGCAACGAGAAACAGUUGGAAGCAUUUAAAGUAUUUGAUAUGGAUGGGAAUGGUUACAUAGAUAAACAUGAACUUCGAUACACAAUGCGAAGAUUGGGAGAAAAUCUUUCAGAAGAAGAUAUCAAAGAGAUGUUCAAGGAGGCUGACCUUAAUGGCGAUGGAAUGAUUGAUUUCAAUGAAUUUACACGGCUUCUGCAUCACUUAGUACCGGAACCUGAGUAGACCAAUCAUUUCUUCCAUAUAUAUAUAUAUAUUUAUUGCCGAUGCCAUCGAUUCCCUUAUUCUCCCUUGGUGUAACACACCGAUGUCUCCUUUUUACAUUAUGUCUCGUUCAGAAUAAAUCUGAAAAUUAUCACGUGAUUCGUUUUUACCGGAACAGGAAGUUGACAUUGAAUUCCGGAAGAAAAUAAAACAAAGAGAGAAAAGGAAUUAAGUGCUUACGUGUAGGUAAAUACAGUAGGUAUAAAAUAAUGGCUAAGGGAUUGAUGCAUCAAAACAUAUUGUCGUGAAUAUAUGCAUUGCUAAACAAACCAAGAAGAGGAUAUUCUAUUUCCCGAGAUAGUGUACCUACCUAUCAGAGUGGUCGACUGUUUCCUUCGUUCAUAUUGAAUAACAUAAUUUCACACAGUUACAAAAAAAAACGAAAACCCUAUCUGGAUAUAGCCGACAGAGGAACUAUGCUGAAUGUUGGUGUUUACAUUUGAGCAUUGUGAGGGGCUGCACUCACAGACGACUGAUUGGUUUGUUUUGAUCAGAGCAAGAGGCACUGGCUGCAUAGAAUGAGAUGAGCGUCCUGUUGAAAAUAUCCUUCAUUUUAGGCCAUUGGUGUCUAAGUUACUUAGCUGAUACACGUUGUUAUACGCGUAUACAACUGGUGUUUUAGUGGCUCAGUUGAUACACCGAUGGGGGAUUGCACAUGUGUCAAUGUGAAGGAGGGCAACAACGCUUAACGUUUUACACUGGUCGGCGGCUGGAGCAGUAAUUUGAUUCCCUUAGUAUGUCAUAUAUUGACCCACGAUCUUACGUAUCACAAUAAAGUGUGUUGCGCUGGUAUCUGAAGGAGGGAUGUUAUAGCUUCAAAACUCAUAACUCAUCAUGAGUUGUCUUAAUAUGUAAUGAGCGAAUGGAUAUAACUUUUACAUUACAACUUCUGUUUACGUUUUAAAUAACUUCAACAGAAUCUGCUUGAAACGCUUUAAUAUGCACAACAAAUUAAGAUCAUGUAUUCUUUAUUGAUCACGUGAAAAUUGUCGUUCUAUCACGUGAUUUUUUCCAUUCAUUUAAAAGACUUUUUCGUUGGAUUGAUACUAUAUGGCUACUUAUGACACUGAAACAGUUUGUAACAAAGAAUCAUAAAAGAUGUUGAUGAUACAAUCACAUUUCAGAUAUACGUUAUCCAGUGAAACUUACCUAUCCAAUCACUGAUUAUUCUGAAUUCAGGCUCAUUUGAAUAUUUUGCUGAAUUCGAAUCAAUAUAAAUUAAUUCAAUAUGGCAUCCCUGUCAGACGAAACAUGUUUAUUUUAUUGUACUCUUUCAUGGAAGAAGCUUUUCAUAAGUACUUCAAAGUAGUGAUAUGAAUAAUUGACUUAGUUGUAAGAUAAAUACAUCUUUUGUUAAAGAAUGACGUCACUUAGCGAAAUCAAGGGCUAAUAAUCCAUAUGUUGACAUACUAUAAAGAAGAUAUAUAUAUAUAUGGACUUUAUACCGGAUUUUUUAUUGUGAUACACUUACCUCUAUAAAUACUCAUUCUUUUCCCUUUGUGUAUUUGAUUUCCCCAAUUAAAGUAUAUUUCGUUUGUCAAUAUAACAUUCCAAGCAAAGAUGAUGACAGGUAGAUGUAUUAUAUACCCACCUUUUCAAUUAUAUUCUCCCUCUUUUAUUGCAAUUUUUCCUGUUGUAUAAGCGUUUCAUAUUUCGAGUUAUUUCCCUUAGUUUAAUCUAUCUGCAGAUAUUUUAUUCGGCUGCGAUAUACAAUUGUUUGAGGAAUGUUUUGUGUUGUUUGUACUAGCUUGUGGUUGUUAAAUUUCAGAUAGAUCAUGUAGUGGCUUGUUUCAGCAAAUGAUGUAAGAGCAGACACAGGAGUUGGCACCAGAUUCAAGUUUUUUUUAUUACAUUGAGUCAAUCAGCUGAUCAGUGUAAGAAAACAUACAUGUACAUAACAAACACAUGAUCUGAUGAGCUUUAACACUGAUGGCUUAUUUAGCGAUGGCGUACUGUAUUUUAUUGCUCUUAGAUAUUAGUAUAGUAAUAUAAAGUUAAAUAUCUUUGUUGCUUACUGGUGCUCUAACAGUUUUGUUUUGAUAUUUGUCAACACCGAAUCUCGAAUAAUGCACAAUUACAAAUGAAUAAAACAUUCAGUGUAAGAAAGUUUCGGUACCUGAUCAAAUACAUAUUAAACUACAAGUCUCUUUUGAUAGUUUGAAAAUUUUAUUAUUGUCUUAUGUCAGCUGAAAUUAAUGACGUUUCUCGAGAUGGAUAAGUUUUGGAUGUCGUCAACAUUUCAUGUGGACGGAUGUUGUUAUAUUCUGUGAUAAGCUGUUUUGAUUAGUUUGUUAAGAUAUCUUGUGAUUUUGUAUAGCACGAUUAAAUCGUGCUUCUUUUGUUUCAGAUAAAAUGUUUAACUCGAGGAAUUUUACCGCAUUGAUAUUAUCUUAUGAUUUAGACUCGGUAAAUUAACGAAACAAAGGGAGUCUGUCACAAUUAAACAGAUGAACUAGUAUUAUAAAUUAUAGAGUAAUAUCUAUAUAAUUUCACGAAUGAGCAUGAAUAAUACAACUUUAAAAAAAAUAUGUUAAUUAAGUAAUGACUACCUGGCAAUUCUUACUUACAAUGCUUCUGAAAAAGAAAACAGAAAUAAAACCCAUUAACAAAUAAUUAUCACCAAAAAUAAUUCAAACAAUUAUGAACAAUGCCCUAAAAUGAUCGUCUUAAGGACCGCAUAGCACAUACAGCAUAUACAGGCAAGUAAGAUUCGGAAUGAGGAAUAAUUUGUUACAAUUAUUAAAUUUAAAAGAUUAUAAAUGGAAGUUUAAAUUUCUUUAGGGCUUAAAGUAUGUAACUUUGUAAUUGUAAAAAUAUACAACGGGUUAUUCUUUUCGAUAGAUGAUAAUAACUGUUUGUCGGCGAUGUAGCACUCUUGAAAUCAUUAGGUUUUUAGAAAUGAUUGGAGUUUAACUUUCAAACAUCAUCACUAAUAAUAUAACGAAAUAUUAAAUUAACAUCUACGUCCAAUAAUGAUCAAUUUAUGAUAUCGCCAACUUCAAUUAAGCAUUAAUGUUACUAAAUACCACAGAUCAUACAACAUUGCUUCAAAACAAUUUACGUUAUAUUAACAAAAAAAAAAACAGCAAAAAAAAAAAAAAACAUCACUAGAAGGACAAAUAUUUGAUUUCGUUUCAAAAGUAAUAAUUAGAUGAUACGUUCUCUAUCGUGAACAUCGCGUAGAUUAUUGAAGAAUAUUAUUCAGCUACAUCUACAUGUAUCUCCUAGUAGAUAAAACCUUUGGCCAGUACUGUACUAUAACACCACAUCAUUUCUAGUCGUAGCAAACUAAGGUAUUUGCUUUAAUGUAGGGUAACAAUGGUAUGUUCGAAUAUUUACGCAACACACUAUAGUGAGUUUAAGUGGGGUUUUAGUUUUGAGAAUGAUCUGUGUAAGCUGCCAUAGUUAUCUAUAUCCUAGUGUGGUUAUCCUGAUAAUAUACAAAUAUAUUUGCAUGUUAUAGAGACGGAGUGUGUCUGCGCAUGCGUAUUUCGAAUGUUCGAUACAUUGUUGCUGAAGUCUCCAAUGUAUAAUGUUAGUUGUUGAUCCUAGUAGCACAAUUUAUUUUCAUAUGUAAAUAGUUGUUUGUACAAAUUCAACUUGUAUAUAGAUUUCCUACCUUGAUUAAAAUGUUGUUUAAUAAUCUUAUUAUAAAA